UUCGUAAUGAACCAAGCGAGGGACGAUGGGAUAUUUUUUUAAUUCAGGGAAGUUGUAGUUCUUGUCUUGAACUCCUAACAUUUUGUAAGAAAAAUAAAGUGUUGUAAAAAAACACACGAAAAUACAAGGAACUCUUUUUUUCGGCACUAUAACCAAGCAGGCUAUUUUACAAUUUUCUUCUGACAACAUUGUAUGGAUUAGACGGAGUGUUGAGUGUAAUGACAGCGAUGUCUCCACCUGUAAAACAAGUAACGUUAAAGACCCACCCCCGUCUCUGCCUUUCUGCCUUGCUACUUAUACCAGAGAUUACUCAGUUACUCAGAAGCUACUCUGUUAAAGUUACUCUUUCCCAGUUAAAGUAGGAACCAAAUGGCAAGCCGUCGGGUUGGAUUCUGCUUAAGUGACAAGAAAAGAAGAAGAAUAAAUUUGUCAGCGUUUUCGGACCUCUGUGCGGGUCGCGGCAUUGAGGUGGUGGAGAUAGAUCUCAGCCAACCAAUGGCAUCACAAGGCCCGUUCAAUGUCAUCGUGCACAAACUCUCUGAUGUCAUCGUGGAGGCUGAGUAUGACAGCCAAUCACAACAACUCCUCAGUAAUUUCCAGAAUUACAUCUCGGCACACCCCCAGACGUUGCUGCUGGACCCUCUGCCAGCUAUGACCCAGCUCCUGGACCGCUUCGCAUCCUACCGCAUCAUGAGCCAGUUACAAAACACUUUGAAAGGAAAAAGCAUCUGUUGUCCACCGUACCUGGAGAUCAAUACCAGCGACCCAUCUGUGAUACAGGCCGCUGUACGGAGCAGACAGCUGAGCUACCCUCUGAUUUGCAAAACCAGAGUGGCCCAUGGAUCUCGUUCUCAUGAGAUGUCUCUGAUCUUCAGCGAGGUGCGCUUGUGCGACGUCCGCUCGCCCUGCAUACUGCAGAGCUUCGUGAACCACGGCGCGGUGCUGCACAAGGUGUUUGUGGUGGGAGACGACCACUUCACCGUGGAGAGGCCCUCGCUCAAGAACUUCCCCCCCGGGCCGUGUGACAGGUCGACCAUUUUCUUCAACAGCCACGAUGUCUCAAAGCCGGAGUCCUCCUCCCAUCUGACUGCGCUGGAUGAUACCAUGCCACGGCUGCCGCCUCCUAGCAGCGACGCCAUGGUGGCGCUGGUGAGACAACUGCGGGUGGAGCUGGGUAUGGCGCUGUUUGGGGUCGACGUCAUCGUCAACAUCCACACACACACCCUCACCGUCAUCGACAUCAACAUCUUCCCAGGUUAUGAAGGGGUCCCCCAGUUCUUCUCUUCACUCCUUAGUUACAUAGAAUCCAUCAUGGAGAAACAAGGGCCUUCAGAGCCUGCAGUAGACCCUGACUUAAGUCCCCAGCCUUCUCACUGUCAUGAGGAGCUGUGUCCAGCAGGGGGCGACAAAUUCUGACCUUGUAUUAUUCGCUGCGGAAAAAUCCAAACACAUAAGGAACAGUGGUACAUGAAAACUAACACCAUGGCGGUGGUUUUAUUUGUGUUAGUUAACACAAGAAAGUGCCAAGAGUUUGUGUAGCCGAACACGGCCACUUUUUACUCCGGCUUCUCGUCACAGGCAGUGAGUUUCCUGUGUCAGCAUGGAAGUGUUAUUUACAAAGAACAAGUGGAGGGAAGUCUUUUCUGGAAUGGAGUUGUCUGAAUGCUAUCAGGAGGUCCAUUUUGAUGUCUAAAUGGCCUUAUGUUUUAUGGGGUUUACUUUCCUCUUCUCUCCUGUUUAGGGAUGCUUUCGGGAUAUGUGUGGGUAGUCAGGGACGUUGUGAUAAACAUGAUAUGUUUGGGGAGUCAGGGACAUUGUGAUAAACAUGUGUAGAUAUUUAGAUGAAGUCUGAAGAGAUGUGAGAUAAACAAACCAUAGAAGACUUUUAGGAAUUCAAGUCAUACACCGGACACUAUUUUAAUACAACAUAUAGAUGAGAUAGAUAGAUAAUAGACAGAUAAUAUGUGUUGUACAGUGACGUUUUAGCGAUAAACACACACCAUCAAGCAGAACGUGACUUCCACUGGGCUUUUAUUGACAGUCCAUUUAGCAUAAGACACAACAGGCACAAAUACCAACUGACCAAUCACUGACCAGCGCAAUCCCUUAUCUUCCACCACUACUCAUUUCACACAGGUCUUUGCAAAAAUAAACGUGGACACAACACUCCUUUUCCCA